UGGAUCCACCCAUGGAUCCAUCCAUCCAUCCAUCCAUCCAUCCAUCCAUCCAUCCAUCCAUCCAUCCAUCCAUCUCCUGCUCCAAGGAUGCUCCCAGGACACAGUGUGGGUCCAUCCCAGCCCUGUCAGGGUUUUUGGGAUCUGUGGGGUCACCCUGUGAGCGCUGUGGAAGGUUUGGGCUCAGGGCUUUUCUCCCUGUGCAAACCUUGAAUUUUACUCAAAGGAGUGAGAGAUGAGAAGCUCAGGAUGAGUUUUUAGUCUGAAUUGUCUUUGGGCUCCAAAACUCCAGGGGGGAAAUUUUGAAGAAAUGUCAGAAUUUUAGCUAAACCUUAGAAACAUUGAGUAACUUUUACACCAAGCUGAGACAGGGCCGUGAGUAAUUUACACUGAGUUGUUUGUGCACCUCUGCAUCUCCUCCCACUUCUCAUUACUCAAAGUAACCUGGGGAAUUUUAUGAGGAAAUUUGGGAUAAGGUUGGAUAGAGUCCAGCUCCUUCCCAUCCCUUUUACCAAGGGGGUGCUGAGAGAUUUCCUCAGGGGUGGGGUGUUUCAGAAAUACGGGUUUUCAUGGGAAUGGCACAUCAUGGAUUCCCAACACGGACACACUUCCAGCAAUCCUGGCCUGAUUUCCAGAGGUUUGGAGGAGUUUUGUGGUCCCUGUCAGCAGCAAGGACUGGGAGCGCUGGGAAGAUCCCAGAUCCAGAGGCUGGAUUUAUUUCUCAUUCCCAGUGGUGCUUGGGCAGGGACUCAUCCAAACUCAACUGGGAGUUGGGAAUGGUUUGGGAAUGGGAUUGUCCCCAUCCCAGGGGCGGUGUCACCUUUGGGAAUGGGGUUGUCCCCAUCCCAGGGGCAGUGUCACCUUUGGGAAUGGGAUUGUCCCAUCCCAGGGGCGGUGUCACCUUUGGGAAUGGGGUUGUCCCCAUCCCACGGACAGUGUCACCUUUGGGAAUGGGUUUGUCCCCAUCCCAGGGGCGGUGUCACCUUUGGGAAUGGGGUUGUCCCCAUCCCAGGGGCAGUGUCACCUUUGGGAAUGGGAUUGUCCCCAUCCCAGGGGCAGUGUCACCUUUGGGAAUGGGAUUGUCCCCAUCCCAGGGGCAAUGUCACCUUUGGGAAUGGGAUUGUCCCCAUCCCAGGGGCGGUGUCGCCUUUGGGAAUGGGGUUGUCCCCAUCCCAGGGGCGGUGUCGCCUUUGGGAAUGGGGUUGUCCCCAUCCCAGGGGCAAUGUCACCUUUGGGAAUGGGAUUGUCCCAUCCCAGGGGUGGUGUCACCUUUGCCCUGGGGAGUGUUUGCCUAAAAGCUGGAUGGAAUUCUGGGAGUCACAGGACUGGGAUUGGGGCGUGGCUGUGUCCACACUGAGGGUCACAACGGGGCUGUCCCUGCCAGGGGACACGGCUGGAGGGUCCUGGCAGGGGGUGACACAUGAGGGACAUCCCUGGGACAGCUCCCCCAGCUCUGUGAGGGGGCUCUGCCUCUUGACCCUGACCUAAACCCUGGAAUUCCUUUGCUGUUGGUUUCAUGGAACGAUUUGGGUGGGAAGGGACCUUUCAAGGUCACCAAACCCAACCCCACGAGCUCCAUCUUCACCCCACGUUUGACCUAUCAGAGAAGACGACCAAGAUCAAUGAUAAUUAUUAUUUUAAGGAAGGCAUUUGCAUUGGAUUAAUUUGCAUCCAUCUCUCCUGUCGGCCCGCUCUGGGCUCUUCCAGGGAUCCAUCGGGAUGUGGCAAAGUCCCUCUCCACAAUCCAUAGCAGUGGGAGUGUCCCUGUCACUGACGUGUCUCCAGAGCAGAAAGAAUAACUGCACGAAUCCCGUUGCAUCCCAUCCAAAAAACCCUCCAUCCUCCUCAGAAAAAACAAAACCAAAACAAAAACCAAAAAAA